UUUAAUACAUCUUACAUCUUUGGAAAACUGCCAUUCUGUUUUCCUCAAUAUAUAUUAAACGUUUAUAUAGAAUCAUGUAAUACACAUUUCACAUGCAACCAACAGAAGUCUUUACUAUACAGUUUUAAAUUAUACACAAAACCUCCGAAGAUAAUAUGGUUUUGUAGUGAAAAAUAGUAAUGAAAUACUCGCCAAAUCGUAAUGAACUUGGUAUAGAUUGAAGGUUUCCAGGAGGCCUGUGAAUAAUAUGAAGGAUGACAGACAGGACAGCACAUACCAUAACCUUUGAUAUACCAGUCGUGGCUCAUUGGCUUGUAUUGAAGUGGUAUUUAGGGUGAUGGUAGAAUGCAGCGUAACUGCAUUGUGCACACAAAUAAUUGGUACCUUUUUUUUCAAAUAUGUAUUUAAUUUGUUAUAAAGUGGUCCCUAAAACAAAUGUGUUGUUACAUCAACUGUCUACAAUGCGCAGUUUUGAUUUUAAAUGCCCCACUAUAAAAUAGGACGGUUUUUUUGUUUAGAACGAGCGAGCUGUUAAAUGUAUUGUGUACUGGAAGUACCCUUCGCAUUGGUAUGUAAUCUUCAUUUGUAUGUCUUUUUAUGAUGUGUAUUAAUCAGUGCACGUGCUACUUGUAAUGUAUAUUAUUUGAUCGAUGUCCUACAGCUGUCACCACAGUGUGAUAAUUUUGCUGUAGUAUCUCAUGGAAUUAUCAAAUAAAGAGCUAGCUGGGUUGUGACGGUUAUCUGCGGAUGGUUCAGUAACGAAUGAAGGAUACAGGUUACCCUGGAUAUAACCAAGUAUAGGACAACAAUGGGAAAGGUUUCUCCGUCAUCGGACGAAAGCCAACCGUUAACGUAUGAUCCAAGCAAGAAGGGGCCGAUAAAGAACAGAUCCUGUACAGACGUACUAUGCUGUAUCCUGUUUCUAGCAUUCGUUGGAGGACUUGUUGCGGUUGCAUUUUUUGCAUACACCUACGGCGAUCCGAAGUUACUAUUAUAUCCAGUGGAUUCGAACGGACAACUAUGCGGCCUCGGAUCUCACAGAGGAAAACCAAAUCUGUUUUUCUUUGACCUAGUCAAAUGUGGACGGAUGGGUCCUGGCGUGUUCCUGAAUGGCUGUCCUACACCACAGGUAUGCAUGUCGACGUGUCCACAGAAGAACUAUGUAGCUGUAGCAGACUUUACCACCAACAAUAAGAACAGUUUGAUUUGUAAAGAUGGAACAGACAAAUCUGCAAAGACAGUGCUUGACCUCGUCAAAGACGAUGACUGUGCCGCUUAUUACUUAAAAAGUGAAACAGUGUUAAACCGAUGCCUGCCACUUUCUGAUCUUCUAAACCUAGCGAAUAAUGCUGUUACUGUAAUAACUGAUAGCGGGGAACAAAACCUAACAGAUUCAUCUAACAGUUCAAUCAGUGGAGCUGCACUCAACACAGCCAAAAGGACAACUUAUAACUUGACUAAUGAGACGGGGAUGACUGCAGAAGAUUUUCAAAGAGGCGUCAGUGUUUUGCAACAGUUUUUGAAAGCAAAGGAAUAUGGCGAGAAAAUUAUUUCUGACAUUGUAGCUACAUGGUGGAUGAUGCUGGUAAUACUGAUACUGACAAUGUUUGUGUCCCUGAUAUGGAUCAGUGUUAUGCGCUGGAUAGCUGGGAUCAUGGUGUGGUUUACUAUCAUUGCGUUCGUUGGUUUGUUUGGUUUUGGCACUGGAUAUUGCUUCUACGAAUAUUACAAUUCACGAAAUGGUGAAGAGGCUUACAACAUAUAUAUUGCAGGAUCGACUUUUACAUUUCAGAAGGCUCGGUUAUUUCUUGGUUUAGGUAUAACAUGCGGAAUUAUCUUUGUGAUCGUAGUUCUUAUUCUGAUGUUCCUCUGCCAACGAAUCCGAAUAGCGAUCGCACUAAUUAAAGAGGGAAGCAGGGCUGUUGGUAGCAUGAUGUUUACUUUGGUUUUCCCGCUGUUUCCAUUUAUCAUACAGCUGGUUGUUAUCGGUUUCUGGGCUGCAGUUCUAGUCUUUUUAGCUUCAAUUGGCAGAGCUCAGAAUGUGGGAGAAAAUAAUGUAACAUUUGCAAAUGGCACAGUGGAUGAAGACGCUAUCAAACAACAGACUAAAGAUCUCUUUCAACAAGUUCCAUGUUCCACUGAUACAAAUGAUACCCUUGGAAGUGUAUGUGGCUAUCUCAAGUACGGCAAAGGCGACUACACAAUAUACCUCCAAGUGUACAAUGUGUUUAUGAUGUUCUGGUUGGUCAACUUUACCAUUGCAUUUGGUCAAAUGACGCUAGCUGGAGCCUUUUCGUCGUAUUAUUGGGCUUUUGAUAAAUCGAAGGAUAUCCCAACAUUCCCAUUGUUGUCGGCAGUAUGGAGAUGCUUCAGAUAUCAUCUUGGAACACUCGCGUUUGGUUCAUUAAUCAUCGCCAUAGUGCAACUGAUUCGACUGAUGUUGGAAUAUGUAGAUCAGAAACUUAAGGGGAGUGAAAACCCAGUGGCGAAAUUCUUCAUUAAAUGCAUGAAGUGUUUCUUUUGGUGUUUGGAAAAAUUCCUCAAAUUUAUCAACAAAAAUGCAUACAUUAUGACCGCAGUUUAUGGAAGAAAUUUCUGUAUGGCAGCGAAAGAUGCAUUUUUCUUAAUUCUAAGGAAUAUUGUUAGGGUUGUUGUUAUUGACAAGAUCACAGAUUUUCUUUUGUUCAUCGGCAAGCUGGUUGUUGUUUUUGCUAUGGGAACAGCAGCAUUCUUUUUCUUUGAUGGACGUAUACCUUACCUUAACACCUACACACCAACACUGAAUUUCUACCUAGUACCAAUUGUUAUUGUGAUAAUUGGAUCAUUUGUGAUAGUCACAUGUUUCUUCAGCGUCUAUGAGAUGGCAGUGGACACUAUAUUCCUGUGUUUCUGCGAAGAUCUAGAGAAGAAUGAUGGAUCUGCAGAUAAACCAUACUUCAUGAACAAAGAUCUCAUGAAAGUGUUGGGCAAAAAGAACGUUAUCGAUAAAAAAGAUGAUUAAACCAUUAUCGGUGAUACAUUAGACUGUGAUUUUUAUUUUCAACUUUGAAGCAUUAAUACAUAUCGUAUCUUAUAAAACUUGUAUCUAAUACAUUAUAUUCAUAAAUGCUUUUGUGAUAUAGCCAUGUUUAACAAAUAUGACAAUAAAAAGAAUCAUUCGAUGUGUAUUUACUUAGAUUGUUCUAUUCAUAUAUGUAACAUUUUGUGUUAAUAAUUAAGAUGUGAAUUGUAUUAGUGUUCGGUCCGAAUAAUCGAAUAUUCCUUCGCUAAUUUGGUAUUCGAAAUAUUCGAAUAGUAUAUUCAAGUAUUCGAAUAUCUGGAAUUUUCGGGUCGGGUGAGAAAAAUUACUCUAAAUAAGAUUAAUAAUGCGGUUUCUUUUAAUUAAAAGAUCAGCCCUGCAUGCUGCUUGCCACGUGCAUUGAGUUGGGAAAAUAAAACAUGUCUCAAGUUCCAUAAUACAGUAGUGACGUCAUGUGGGUGGCUGAAAUUCAUAAACGUAUUUUCUAUAAACCGGGAAUGGGGUUCAUCUACACUAAUCAAUAUAUCGAUUUCAUAUCCUGUAAACAAGAAUUAAAACAAAUCUCUGUGAUCAUUUCAUACAACAGUAGUUUUUCGGACAUUAUAAAACCUUUUAGGGCCAAUUUUAUACAUUAUUCAAAAUUUUAAUUCAAAACCUAUUUGACAAGAUUAUCAUACCAAAAUAGAUCCUGUAUAACUAAAUUGUCUACUUCAGAUUUAAGAUUAACAUUAGAAACAGGUACAUAGAUAAACAGGCUAUGUAAACUUUGUAAUACUGAUAUAUUGCAGAUGAACCCAUUAUUUACUCAACUGUAAACAUCAAAAUAUUAAAAAGAGAAGAAAUGAUAUACAUGUAUCAAAAUAUAAAACUAAUCCCAGCGUGUUUUAAAUGAAAGGCGUGCUGUUUUUGAGUAAUGCACCGUUAUUGGAAAACCUUUCUUUAUUUAUUUUAAACAUUCCAGUCUUGUGAUUUUGUGAACUGAUAUGUUUCUCUUCCGCACACAUGUGAACUGAUCUGGUGGUUUUCUCUGUGAGGUCUUGGUGUAUAUUUGUUUUGGUUUUAAUGUUGUUCAUAUAUAUUUUGAUAUUUGUAUUUAUAAUUUUAAGAAGUCAAAACAUAUAGCUAGGUUAGCUACCAAUCACUACUGCAUUAUGAUUUGUAUUUGUUUUGUAUUGGUGUAAAAUUGAAUAUAUUCAUCGUUUUGUAACUGUCCAUUGUUCUACAGUAUGUCAAAAUUCAGUCACAUUACAUCGCUCAUAAAAUAUGUGCCCCGGCGUUUCUGGCUGAGAGUGACAGAAGCUACAUAUACUUGUAUCAAUGUAUGUAAUUUUGUAUAAAGUGUAUUUGUGUUUAUAAUUCUAUGUAAAAAGUUAAUUUUGGGAGCCACAAUAAUGUUGAGUCUUUUUAAGGUUGUAAAUAAAAUGUUAUAAUAUUCGCUCCAUUCGAAUGCAGGAAACGUAUCCUAAAUGACAUUUUGUACAAAACGUUAUACAUUUCUAUGCAUCCACGUUGGUGGUAUCAAAUUAUUUUAUUGUGUAUAGAAGUAUCUGGAUGUCGUACAGUUUCAGUUUUUGUUUUAUAAUUACUGUAUGUACAGAACCGCAUGGGCGGAUCCAAGGGGGGGGGGGACCAGGGGGACGCGUCCCCCCCCCAAAUUGUUCAAGUGCCCUCAAAAUGUCCAAGUGCCCUU